ACCGCGCGUGGUGUUGGGGCGUUAGUGAGCGUUCGAUGUUCGCGCACGUCGGACACUGGCGCGCACAGACAGACAGACAGACACGUACUCGGAUGACAUGUCGCAACACUAGUGUUCCUGGACGCAGGUAGCUGUUCAGCCAUGGCCGAGCCACCCCAUAACGCCAAACCAAAGGGCGUGGGGGUGCGGCACCUGCAGACGUUCCUGUUAUUCCUGGGCAUGCUUCUGGCGUACAGCAUGAGGGUCAACCUGAGCAUCGCCAUCGUGGAUAUGACGGACUCCACCAACGAACACUAUUUCAAGUGGAGCCUCAGCGUGCAAUCGCUCAUCCUGUCGUCGUUCUUCUGGGGUUACGUAGUGCUGCAGAUCCCGGCCGGCGCACUGGCUCGGAGGAUCGGCGGAAAGCCGCUCAUGUUGGGCGCACUCACUGUCAACACCGCCGUGUCGCUUCUCAUGCCGACUUUGGCAAACAUCGGUGGAUGGCAGGUGGUGUGCGCGUGUCGUGUGCUGCAAGGACUCAGCCAAGGUUUCGUGUUCCCGUCCACGCACUACCUGGCCAGCCAAUGGAUCCCGCUCGAGGAGAAGGGCAUCCUCACCACCAUUAUCUAUGCAGGCGGACAGCUCGGAAUUGGCGUGCAGCUGGUGGCAGCCGGGUUCAUAGCGGCAGCGUGGGGCUGGCCUGCCAUUUUCUACGUGAACGGCGCGCUGGGCAUCGCCUGGCUCCUGGUCUACGCACUGUACGGCUCCUCCAGUCCAGAGCAAUCGCGCCACAUAUCAGCUGAGGAGCUGUCCUACAUCCAAGUGUCGCUAGGCACAGGGGGCAAGCCGAAGCGUCACCCAGUGCCGUGGCGGCGCUUGGCUACGUGUCUGCCAUUCUGGGCCGCCGUGGUAGCACAUGGCGGACAGAACUGGGGCUUCUUCACGCUAAUGACGGAGAUGCCCACCUACAUGGCUAAAGUUCUCAACUUUAAGUUGACUCAAAACGGCUUGCUGUCGUCGCUGCCAUACCUCGUAAUGUACCUGCUCAGCUUCCCUAUGGGCAUGAUGACGGACCUUAUCAUCAGGCGCGGCUGGCUGAGUAUCUCCAACACGAGGAAACUGUCCAACUCCAUAGGUCUGUGGGGUCCGGCCUUAGCCCUGAUUGGACUAUCGUACAUUCCCAAAGGCAGCAUGGCACUCGCAGUCGUCAUGCUGACAGUGACAGUCGGUAUGAAUGCGGGACAGUAUACAGGCUAUCCUCUUGUCUUCAUCGACCUUGCGCCAAACUUUAGCUCCGUUCUGAUGGGAACGUCAAACACCAUCGCCGGUCUCAUCUCCAUUAUAGCUCCAAUCGUGUGCGGCCUCAUCAUACAGGAUGAAAGCGACCCGCUGGAGUGGCGCAAGGUGUUCUUCCUGGCGUCUGCCAUCUACUUCUUCUCAAACCUGUUCUUCGUGCUGUUCACUACGUCCGAGCGACGAUCUUGGAACGAGCCAACCGAGCGGAGCUCCAGCGACAUCGAAAAGAAAGGAAUGGAGAUGACGUCUUCGUAUAAGACCACCGUCGCGACGUGACAGCUCGGGCGUGGAUAAACUCCGCGACAUAUCAACAUGUAUAAGACAUUUUGUUUGUGUAUAUAUAGUGAAGUGCUAUAUUAUAUUAAAUUGUAUAUAAGUGCAAA